UAUUUGUACAUAUUUACGACUUUUUACCCUUCACCCACCUCCCACUUCCAUUCCUGCUCUUUCAUAUUCAUCCCGCUGAUUUGGCCGGAAAAGUAAAAGAGGAUAUGAGAUAAUCUGAUAAUGGAUGCAGAAAUUGAGGAAAACACUCCUUGCUCUUCAAUGGCCGUUGAAUCCAUAGUACAUGUUGGAACGGCAGGAGCACUUUGGGGUUUGUGUACUGGACCAUAUGAUGCUACUAAAUCAGGCCUUGCUGGCUUUUCUCGUGCCUCUUUUGUGGCGAAAUCCAUAUGCAAAACGAGCGGUCAAUGUGGACUUUUUGCUGGAAUAUUUGCAUUGACUCGCUGUGGCAUCCAAAAAUACCGAGGACGUUCUGAUGUGGUUAAUGCUGCAGCUGCUGGUGCUGUAGUUGGGGCUGCUAUAGCUGCUGGAACUCGUAGCAAGAAGCAGGUUGUUGGAAUGGCUACUCUUCUCUCUAUCUUAGGUGCUGCAGCUGAUCAUUCCAGGACAUUGUGAUAUUUUUACAUCUGCUUCUGAUGGUAUUGGAGUAAGGCUGAAAAGCUGCUUGUAAGACAUUAUUCUUGACAAUCAACUCUAUCAUUAAUCCCUUUUGGUGAAUCUAAAUGAAUAGUGAAGUGGCCUUGCUUUCAGGUUCUGUUCAGAUUCUGGUCAAAUAACUCGGUUCACAUAAUCUCAGUGCUAAAAGAUGGCGAAUACAAAUCCAAUUGCGAGAUAAUUCAUCUGUAGUUUAUUCUCACUCUGACAUAUCUGAAUUUAGAUAUUAGUGAUCUAGCAUACUUGAAAUUUAGCAGCGUAUGUUUGUGCACUGAUGAUGCUGAUGGGCAGUCAAAUAUUAUUACUUUCUUGUGAACUAUUUGAUGAGAUUUUCCAACAAUUGGUUUGACUUCUAAAUAUGAGUUUUUUUUUUCCCCUGUC